AUGCACGCCACCUCUUCUAUCCUCAUCCCGCCCCUCACGGGUAUUCCUCCAAACCAACGUCCCUUCAUCCAUCAAGUUGGUCCAAAUGGAUUCUCAAAUACUGCAGUACAUGAAACUAUGGACUCUUCACAAUCGGAAUCAUCUGAACCGCCUGUGAAGAGGAUUCGAACCGAUAAUGGUCAUGCUGCCUCCUUUGCUUAUCCUCCACCUUCUGUUCUCCUCGAAUAUCACCACAAACCUGCUGUAUAUCAAGCUCUCUCACAGAAAAUGAUGUCCAAUGGCAUUCAUGAGACACAAAGCCCUUCGAGUUCUUACAUCGGUGAAGAAACACAAAUCCUCAACGCCUCAACUACGUCUACCUCGAUCACAUCCUCGAUGGAGCCGAGAAAAUCUUCCACUCCUCCAUCUACUCCUGCACAGUCUUUACAGACAGCUUCAGCUGUUUCCGGCGUCAGUGUGCUGGAUAGCAACAGGGUUGAUUUAUCCAAAUGUCGACCUCGAUCAUCCAUUCCAUCCAAGCUGACCCCAUCCGUGUAUGGUCAGCAAUGCGUGGCGGCUGCCUAUGCAUCUCGACUUGAUCCAUAUGCUUUACACGAGAAGGAGCAGGAGAUACUGCAAGACCAUCUCUGCCACAUGCACGUGACCACAUAUUUGAACAUUCGCAAUGGAAUCCUACGUCUGUGGACCCGGAACCCGAUGGUCGGCGUCACCAGAGAAGAGGCUUUGGGGUGUACCAAAGACUAUCGUUGGAUGAACCUGGCUUCUCUUGCGUAUGACUGGCUGGCGCGUCAUGGAUACAUCAACUUCGGCUGCGUCGAGGUUCCCAUGCCUCUGGUGGCUCCUCGAAGAGGACGUCGAAAAGAAGGACCUGUCAUUCUCGUUGUCGGAGCUGGCGUGGGAGGACUUGGCUGUGCCCGUCAACUGGAGGGCCUUUUCAAGCACUAUCGUGAUUCAGAUACUGAGCCACGAGUCAUUGUCAUCGAAGGACGUCCAAGAAUUGGUGGACGCGUUUAUUCCCAUCCCCUUCACAGUCUCCAGUCUGAUAUGUUGCCAGAAGGUCUUGUCCCCAAGGCUGAAAUGGGUGCUCAAAUCAUCAUCGGUUUCGAUCAUGGAAAUCCACUUGACCAGAUUGUCCGCGGCCAGCUGGCUCUUCACCACCAUUUGCUUCACGACCUUUCCACGAUUUACGAUUUUGACGGCUCACCCGUGCCUAAUACGCAGGACGAAAUGGUCAACAAACUUUAUGAGGAUGUCUCGGAACGAGCAUUCGCUUAUCGCCACAAAAAGCUCGUUAGACAAACAGCCGAGGGUGAUCGCGAGAUGAUUGACGAUGGAAAAGAGACUACUGUAGACGAUGGAAUUACAGUACGACAAUGGGAAGAAGCUCGAGCAGCCGGUACCACCGAUUCCCUGGUUCCUACGAAGCGCGUACGUCGACGCCGAGGAGUAGGACACAAGACUGGAGACAUCGCAGCAGCCAACGCCGCGGCACCAAAGCUCGAGGGCGAAACCGAAGACCACCCGGCAGCCUUGGCAGCCCAAGCUGCGGGAUGGAAGUUGAAUGCGGGCUACACAGCAAAUGACACUCUGGAAUUAGACCGCGUUGCCUACGCAGCGGAGGCACAGUCCCUCGGCGCAGUGAUGGAUGAGGGAGUCAAGCAAUACCGAGAUAUGCUUCCUCUGACGUCCCGGGAUAUGCGACUUCUGAACUGGCACUUCGCAAAUCUCGAGUAUUCCUUCGCCGCGAAUCCCAAAAAGCUCAGUCUAACUUUGGCGGAUCAGGACUCUGGAAAUGAGUUCGAAGGGCUCCACUCCAUGGUCGUCGGGGGUUACAACCAGUUGCCUUAUGGCUUGUACUCGGUGCCUAACAAACUCAACGUCCACACCAACAAGAUAGUCACGAAGAUUGCUUACGACACAAAUGGAGGGGGCAAUCGCAAGGCGGUCGUGUACUGCGAGAACGGCGAGAAGUUUGUCGGCGAUCACGUCGUGUACACUGGCUCUCUUGGCACCCUUCAACACCGCACCGUCCAAUUCGAUCCUCCCCUUCCCGAUUGGAAGCAAGGCGCAGUUGAUCGAUUAGGCUUUGGUCUCUUGAACAAGGUCGUUUUGGUCUUCGAUGAGCCAUUCUGGGAUACCGAGCGCGAUUUCUUCGGUCUUCUUCGCACACCUGACAACCCUGAGAGUAUGGUCCAGGAGGAGUAUGCGGCGAAUCGUGGUCGGUACUACCUGUUCUGGAACUGUAUCAGAACAACCGGUCUACCUGUGCUGGUCGGUCUUAUGGCGGGAGAUGCUGCGCACCAGGCCGAGCAAAUGCCAGAUGCCGAGAUUGUCGAGGAAGUCACUACGCAGCUGCGAAACGUGUUCAAACAUACGGUUAUUCCCGAUCCUCUGGAGACUAUUGUCACUCGCUGGGCAUCAGACCCAUUCACUCGCGGCAGCUACUCCUUUGUCGCUGCGGGUGCCAAGCCUGAAGAUUACGAUCUUAUGGCGCGAAAGGUUGGCAAUCUCCAUUUCGCGGGAGAAGCCACUUGCGGAACGCACCCGGCAACCGUUCAUGGCGCCUACCUAUCCGGUCUGCGCGCGGCGUCCGAAGUCAUUGAGGCUACCAUCGGCCCCAUUGAGAUCCCUAUGCCCCUCGUUCCAGAGAAGCCUGCUGCCAGUGUGAUCACACCGCCCACAGCAGGUAUUAUUGCGGGCACACCAAAACGCCCGGCCCCGGCAACAACCUCCCGAAGUCCCAAUGUUGCCGAUAAACAGCGCCGAGACACCUACGAGCAGGCCAUGUGGACGGCCAUCUACGCCGAACUGGGGCCAACGCCCACUGCGCCAGCAAAGGCGGGACGCAACCCGUUCCUCUUGUACCAGAAAGAUUUCUGGGCCAAGUGUAAGGAACAGUGCGAUGAGGCUCGGCGGGUUGCGGCCAACAACCCGAAUGCCAAAGCCUCCCGAGAUGACAUCCGGGCGGCCCUUGGUCUGAUGUGGCGCAAUGCUCCUCCUGAGGAGAAGCAGCCGUACAUCGACCAAGUUGAGGCCAAUCGAAUUGCGAAUGACGAGGCAUUCGAGAAGUUCAAGGCGGUGGGUGCGGAGUGGAAUCGGCGUUCGUUCGAGGUCAGGGAUAAGUGGUGUGCUGAGAAUCCUUUCGAGGAUUGGCAGGUUCCGGCGGGCUCGACUGUGGCCAAUUAG